CAAACAUUCCAGCCUGAUAGUCUUCCUACAGCUUUGAGAAACGCCGUGCAUCCAGGCCGCUCUUCCAUGUUUCCUACAUACAACACAAACCCAAAACAACCUGCUAUGGAAAAUGGCAGUCAGUACUACGACACGCAAGCCAUGAACGAAAAACAAGGUUUUUAUUCAAACGGUGCUCCUGGUGGUGUUCCUCCUUACCAAUCCAGCCCUCCUCAGAUCGCCAAUCAGGAGGGCUACAACCCAUACCUUCCCAAUGACAAUCAGGGAGGAUAUGUGCAAACUAGAAACAAUAGUCAAGGCUACGAUCAAUUCAACCAUAAACCAUACGGCAUACCCCAUCACAAUGAAUUGGAUAUAGACGAAGACCUGAGUUCCCCAAAAUCAAAAAAGAGCAAAUACAGGCUGUCUGCUGGAUGUUGGAUCAUCAUUGCAGUGGUGGGUACUAUUCUGCUACUUAUUGGUAUCCUACUCGGUGUUUACUGGCCUCGCCCGUUACUAUUCAGCGUCGCUUCUACAGUUUCUAUUCCCAACUUUUCAACUCAAACCCCUUCAAUCCAAGGUGGUGGCACAAUGUUUAAUACCACAUUCAACAUGACAAUCAACAUUAAUAAUCCAAACUUGUUUGAUUUGAAUCUGGAACGAAUCGAUAUAACUUCGGAAUUGCUAGUCAGCGGCUCGCAAGUCAAUGGAAAGGCUUUCUUUAAAAAUUCCCCGCCUUUGAAUAUCGAUCAGUAUUCCACACCUUUGGGUACAGGUUCCAGAGGUUAUUUGGUAACACGCUCUAAAGCUGAAACAACAGCCAUUGUAUUCCAUCAGUUGAAUAUCUACACCCAGCCAGCCUCAAGUACAGAUCCUGCCGUGUAUGAACUCAUUGAUGCAUGUGGGCUGGCUGGAUCCACCGCACGGCCCAUGAAGGCAACUUACAAGGCCGUAUUGAAUCCUGGCUGGUUAAGACAAUUGGGGUAUCGACCUCAAGCCACAGGAACGUUUCUAUUCACUUGCUCACCAUCACUGGCCGAAGCUGUCAAGACUACUUAUAAUCUCUGAAAAGUGAUGUUUUGUGCAAUGCAUGACUAUCUAAACCAUUCAUUUUCAAAUUCCCUAUAUUUCAGGCUUACCACAUACUUGCCAACCUCCAUUUGAUAUAUACUUUCUAUUAAUCAUGUUUUCAUAUCGUUUGUUGUAAUAUCUGCAUGGGCUAUUACACUUAUUGGAUUACCCUAUGGAACUUGUAAUAAACAUCAAUUCAUUGCUUUCCA